CCAAUGGCGACUGCGAACAGGCUGAACAGAAAGCGGGAGCAACCGUGGAGGGGGUCAGAGCUGUGCGACUGAAAUUAAAUAAAUAUAUCCUAUUCUCCGUAGCCAUAAAGUUAGCCUUACAUUUGUUCCACCGCUCCAAAUCACGGCCGAUUCAAUGGCCAAAAAUCGGAACAUUUCGCUCCUUGAGUCGGAGCUCUAUUACUUGAUUUCUCGUUUUCUAACAACGGGUCCAUGUCGGAGAGCGGCUGAGGUCCUGGCGAGCGAACUACAGGAAUAUCAGCUCUUACCCGGGAGAUUGGACUGGCUGGGAAACGAGCACCCGAGAACAUAUGAAGAUGUGGUUGCAGCCAACAGACAUAUUCCACCAGACCAUUUGCUACAGAUAUGUAAGCAGAUUGGACCACUUCUUGACAAAGAGGUGCCAUCAUGUGUCCCAGGAGUACAUUCUCUCCUGGGGUCAGGAAAGCAGUCAAUGCUUCGGACUGCAAAAGACUGCGACAGUGUGCGGUUUAAAGCUUCAUCAUAUGCAGCCCUUCACCGGGGCAGACCACCAGAGAGGCCUUUGAACUGCAAGAACCCUCCACAAAUAGUGAAGGUGCAUCGAGGGAGAGAGCUGACGGGAGUGCAGCGCUUCAGCUCCAUCAGUCCUGUCAGCAACUAUGAGCACAUGCGUCUGCAUAGGCGGAUCCUGGGGCAUUUGUCUGCAGUGUACUGUAUCGCAUUUGAUCGCACUGGUCUCAGGAUCUUCACAGGCUCAGAUGACUGUUUGGUGAAGAUUUGGUCUUCAUUUGAUGGAAGACUUCAUUCAACGCUGCGAGGACACUCAGCAGAGAUCACAGACUUGGCGGUCAACUAUGAAAACACACUAAUUGCUGCAGGAAGCUGUGACAAGACCAUCCGUGUAUGGUGCCUUCGUACCUGUGCCCCUGUGGCUGUGCUGCAGGGACACAGUGGAUCCAUUACCUCCCUUCAGUUUUCACCUUUUGCCAAGGGCUCCAAGCGUUACAUGCUGUCCACUGGAACUGAUGCUACUGUUUGCUUCUGGCAGUGGGACGUCCACAACAACAACUUCAGUGAUCGGCCACACAAAUUUACAGAGCGCCCGAGGCCAGGAGUUCAGACUGUGUGCUCCUCAUUCAGCCCAGGUGGGAUGUUCUUAGCAACUGGAAGUACUGAUGAUGUCAUCAGGAUAUAUUACGUCGGAAGUGGGAGUCCAGAAAAGAUAUCAGAGCUCCAUGAGCACACUGACAAAGUUGAUAGCAUCCAAUUUUGCCACUCAGGUGAAAGGUUUGUGAGUGGAAGUCGAGAUGGAACUGCACGGAUCUGGAAACUCCAUCAGCGGCAGCAGUGGAGGUGCAUCUUGCUCAAUAUGUCCGCCACUCUUCCAGGUGCUGAACCAAUGAGUGAAGAGGAGAGCUACUUCAAACCCAAAGUCACCAUGGUAGCGUGGGAUCGCCAUGACAAUACAGUCAUCACGGCUGUUAACAACCAUCUCCUCAAAGUGUGGAACUCCUACACAGGACAGCUGCUACAUAUCCUUAAAGGCCAUGAGGCUGAGGUGUUUGUCCUCGAACCGCACCCUUUUGACCCCAGGAUCAUCCUGUCUGCCGGCCACGAUGGGAAUGUGUUCAUAUGGGAUCUGCUGCGAGGGACAAACACGCAGCACUACUUCAACAUGAUUGAAGGCCAGGGUCAUGGAGCUGUUUUUGACUGCAAAUUCACUCCUGAUGGCCAACGUUUUGCCUGCACAGACUCCCAUGGCCAUCUGCUCAUCUUUGGCUUCGGUAGUUCCAAGCCCUAUGAAAAGCUUCCAGACCAGGUGUUCUUCCACACAGACUACAGACCACUGAUCCGGGACUCUAAUGGCUUUGUGCUUGAUGAACAGACACAGCAGGCACCUCAUCUUAUGCCCCCACCGUUCCUAGUGGAUGUGGAUGGCAACCCUCAUCCACCAAGGUACCAGCGUCUUGUCCCCGGGCGGGAAAACAUUGCUUCUGAGCACCUAGUACCUCAGCUGGGAUACGUAGCCACCAGUGAUGGUGAGGUGGUGGAGCAGGUGAUCAGCCAGCAGACCGCAGAACUCGAGGAGAUUGCAAUAAGACGGAGCAGCCUUCUGGACGAAGCCAUCCGACAGCUUCAGGAGCAACAGGACCGGCAGCACCAGCCCCAACUGGGUUCUGGAGCAGAAGGGCAGGCUGAGCCACACGGUCCAGUGUUGCCACCAGCACCAAGCACUCCACGCAGAGUGUCCGUGAACGACCGAGCAGAUGUGCAGUCGCCCCCUAACGUGGGUCUGCGUCGCAGCGGACAAGUGGAGGGUGUUCGACAGAUGCACCAGAAUGCUCCACGCAGCCAGAUGGCCACUGAGAGAGACCUGCAGGCCUGGAGGCGCAGGGUGGUGGUACCUGAGCUGCCACGCAGCAGCUAUCGGGACCAAGAGGACAUUCGAAUAGCCAAAGGAGAUGAGGAGGUGGUGCUGUACAAUGCAAAGAAGAGGCGCAUUAUCUACAGCAGCUGUCGAGAUGAUUCAGACGAUGAGGCCUCCUCUGCAAAGCGAGCACAUGGCCGCAGUGAUACGCUGGAUUACAUCGAUUUGUCGUGUGAAGAGGGAGAAGAGACUGCAAGUUCAGAGGUACACAGCGAGGACAAUGAAAUGGAUGGCAGUGAACUGGAUUCCUCCAAUGAUGAAGAAGAGUGGAAUAGUGACAGCUCAAGCCAUACUUCCAGCGAGUACUCCGACUGGACUGCAGACGCCGGUAUAAACCUGCAGCCUUCCACCCCCUUGUCGUCACGGAAACGAGUGAGGCGAAGACUAAGCAGCUCUGAAGAGGAAGAGGAGGAGAAUGAGGAGGAGGAGGAGAAGCAGCAGCAAAGUGACGAGGAGGAAAAACCUGGGAAGAAAAGCAAGGAGAAGGCCAAGAAAGCGAAGAACAAGUCACCCAGGCGUCCAAAGCCCCGACCAUCCAUUAACAGGGAAGUGUCCAAUGAGUUCAGACCGUCACCCUGGAUCACUGAUGUCAUUCCCAGGAAGUCUCCUUUCGUUCCCCAGAUGGGCGAUGAGGUGAUCUACUUUCGGCAGGGACACGAGGCCUACGUUGAGGCUGUGAGCCGCAGUGAGCUGUACCCCAUCAACUUAGAAAAACAGCCCUGGAGGAAAAUGGAGUUGCGGGACCAAGAGUUUGUGAAAAUCACUGGAAUCAAAUAUGAAGUCUGCCCUCCAACACUUUGCUGUCUGAAGCUGACUCUUAUUGACCACGGCACCGGCAAAAUCACAGACAAGUCGUUUUCUGUCAAGUAUCAUGACAUGCCAGAUGUGAUUGACUUCCUGGUGUUGAGGCAAAGUUACGAUGAGGCGCUUCGUAGAAACUGGCAACCAAGUGACAGGUUUCGCUCAGUGAUAGACGAUGCCUGGUGGUUUGGGACCAUCGUCUGUCAGGAGCCCUACCAGCCAGAGUACCCAGAUAGUCUCUUCCAGUGCUUCAAAGUCAGAUGGGACAAUGGGGAAACGGAGAAACUGAGUCCUUGGGAUGUGGAACCUAUUCAAGAUGAUGCUCAGCAGCCAGAGACAGAAGGAGGUGGCAUCCCUGUGACAGCAGAUGAGAUGAAGGAGCUGAUGUACAAGCCUCUGCCAGGGGAGUGGGGCGAGAGGAGCAGGGAUGAGGAGUGUGAGCGGAUCAUCGCUGGUAUCGAUCAUCUCAUCACUGUUGAGAUUGCAGCUCCAUUCUCUGGUCCUGUGGACUUGAUCCAGUAUCCCACCUACUGCACCGUGAUCGCCUAUCCCACCGAUCUGGGCACCAUUAGACUGCGACUCAUUAACAGAUUCUACAGACGCCUCUCAGCAUUAAUUUGGGAUGCCAGGUAUAUUGCACAUAACGCCCGCACUUUCAAUGAGCCAAGGAGCAAGAUUGCCCACUCUGCAAAAAUCAUCACAAAUGUCCUGCAGAAAUUUGUCAAUAAUCCAAGCUGCAUUGAUAUCAUGGAGAUUUACAAUGCUGUGGAAGAAAUGGAUGAGGAUGAUGAGGAAGAAGAUACAGAAGCACCUGGAACAUCAUCAGGACACAGGUUGCGUCAGCGCUCUGUAGAGGUGCUGCCAGACAGAGAUGCCUGGAAGGAACAGUGCAAGAGUCUGCUCAACUACAUAUUUACAUGUGAGGACUCAGAACCAUUCAGGCAGCCUGUGAAUCCUCAGAACUAUCCAGACUACCACGACAUCAUUGAUACACCAAUGGACUUUGGCACAGUGAAAAGGACCCUGGAGGAAGACCACUAUGAAAACCCUACAGAGCUGUGCAAAGACACCCGGCUAAUAUUUGCCAAUGCUAAAGCCUACACACCCAACAAACGCUCCAAGAUUUACAGUAUGACCUUGCGGCUUUCUGCCUUCUUCGAGGAGCGAAUCAGAACAAUCAUAUCUGAGUACAAAACGGCUGUCAAAAGCAAUGACAGGCUCCGCCGCAGUCAGAGGUUUCGUAAGAAGAUGCAGCAGCAGGACCAGCCCUCUGCCACAACAAGUCAAAAGAGGGCUGCACUGAAAACUCAGGAAAAAGUGGAGUCGACGUCAGUGACCAAAUCUACCUCAGCCAAAGUGUCUGUUCCUGAGAGGACCGGGAGGAAUCGAAGCAGCAGCUCAGGUCACAGCUCCUCAGACGACGACUCCGGCUCCAAAGGUGCUUCCUCAACACCAGAGUCUGAGAGUGAGCUGAGCGUGUCCGAGGAGGAGAAACGUCCAGGUUCCUCAAGGCACCAUCAACGCAGACAUAAAGCAAGAGUUACAAGGAACAACCGUGCCAAGCAGAGGAAAAAAGUUGCUGAGAGCGACAGUGAAGAUGAGGAAGAAGAUGAUGAGGAAGAAGAAUUUGACAGUGAAGGUGAAGAGGGAGAGGAUGGAGAGGUGUCCUCCCAGUCUUCAGAUCGUCGCUACCCCAGCAGGAGUAAAAGCAGCAGGAGUACACGGCUGACCAGAAACAGCGCUGCUGGAGACAGAAAAUGGACAGAGGGCAGAGCUGAAGUGAACGGCCACAGCAGCAGGUUGUCUCGCAGGGAGAGGCGUCACCACCACGACUCUGACAGAGCCACGUCUCAGGGCUCUGACAGGGAAGAGGGAGUCACAGGUCGUAGGUCACUCAAGAGAAAGACUGCGAGGGCAGCUGUGAAUAAGAUCAAGCUCCUUGAAGCAUCGGAUGAAGACUACGAGGAAGAGGACGAGAAGAAGCCAACGAGGAGCAGCAGCCGUCUACGCCACACAUCCCGGGUCAGCAAACGGACUGCGGUGAUCCAGAGCAGCUCAGAAUCAGAUGGAGAGUCGUCAGCAAGAGCCUCUCAGAAUACAAAGGAAUCAGGUGGGGAAUCCAAGGAUGAGGAGGAUGGAAAUGGCAGCGAUUCUUCAUCCUCCUCCCAGAAUAAGCAGAAUGGAGACACAAAGUCAGUCAAACAGAGAACAUCAAGACAAGCUGCCAGGACUAAGGGAAAUGAUACUUUGUCCCAUGUGAAUGGACACAGUGCAAAACAUCACAAGUCUAAGAGCAACUCUGAGCAAGAGGAAACUGCAGAGAGCUCUGGCGAAGCUGAGGAGGAAGAGGAGGAGGUGCAGGCACCCAAGUCUCAGAAAUCCUCUAAAAGAACUGCAGCUGCUCCAGCCAGGAAAAGUAGGAUUACAAGUGAGGAGGAAGAGGACACUGAAUGCCAGACCACAAGACACAAACCUCCUGUAAGCUCAGAUGACGAGGACAAAGACCACAGUUCCCAGAAACACCCACACCAAAAUGGGAGAAAUGUGGAGGAAGCAAUCCACACAGACUCCAAGAAAAAAAGUAAAGUUUUACCGUCAAAAAGCCAAGACAAACAAAAGUCUGCCUCAGCUAACAAACUGGAUGGUGCAGAAUCCGAUGAAAAUAGUGAUUCUCCAAAGAGAUCCAGCCCACGCAAGAAAAAACUGAAAAAAGAAGAGCAGGAAGUAGAAAGCAAUCACUCCAGUGAGGAAUUUGAGGUUGAAGCAAAGACAAAGAGGUCAACAAGAAACAAGAGCAAAUGUAAACGGCCUCGUGGUGAAACCUCGGCUUCAGAGACUUCUGAGCAGGAAUACAAACCCAAGAGGAAGUCGAGGAGGAAACGCUCCACUGGCUCAUCAGACGAAGAGUCGGAUAAUUCAGAUAACACAUCUAACAGGCGACUGAACCUUCGAGUCCUACCAAAAAAGAAAUACAUCAGCGACAACUCUCUUUCUGAGGAGGACUCCGCUUCUGCGAACCAGGGUAGGCAGAGAAAUGGUAACAAAACAGCAGUGGGGUCGAGGGAGGACAGGUACAAUGCAAGAGUGUCUACCAGAACCUCUCCCAACGAAACCAGGAAUCGGCUGUCUUCCAAGAGAAAACGCAUUUACACUUCAGAUUCUGAAGACGGUGAGGAAAAGGCAGCACCCAAGAACAAUAAAAAUAGUAGGUCAGGCUCCUCAAAGCACUCCAAAAGGGAUUCCAAACAAGAGGAUGGUAACAGCAACGAGAAGGAGACUUCUUCCCACUCUGAUUCCAGCGAGGAUGAGGACGAGGAGGAGGAGGAGGAGGAGGAGGAGGAGGAAGAUGCUGGUCGUUCAAGGAGGGGGAAGAAAAACACAAGGCAGCCAAAACACAAGAGAAAGGAAAGCUACAGCAGCAGCAAACACAGUUCAGACUCAGAAAGUGAGCAGUCGUCUUCAGCCUCUGAAAACUCAUUUGCCAGCUCAGGGUCCCACAGCAGUCCAAAGAGGAGAAGUCACGUACGGUCUGGGAUCGGUGAAAGGACUGCCAGCCGCCAGCUAAGGCAGCGUCGCCAGCGUGCUGCCUCAGAGGAGGAUGACAGUGACGUGUCAUACAGCCAACCGCGGCGAAAGACUCGCGUGAACACCCGGAACCGGGGAAAGCGGACGGUAAAUUAUCAUGACAGCGAAUGAAGGACGUAGCGGCUGGAAGUACAGACUUUAGAGGGAAGACACACAUUAACUGGAGACCUUAAAGACACUUGAUGGCCACGUUAUGGUAGUAGCACUGGAGUCCUCGAGAGAAAAUGCUGUGAAUCUGUUUCAUUCAGGGAUAUUUAUAUUUUCUAUGAAAAACAUGUUUAUAGAUGUAAUACAAAUUCAAGCAUUUGAACUGCUGGUUUUCACAAGGAUACAGAGCAAAACACCACCUCCCAUACUGCUUGUUGUGAUUUGGCCAGCAGAGUAACCAUUCUGGGGAAUCUUGUCAGCUUGGGUGCUAUCUAAUAUACCUCUGUUUAAUCAAGCAUAUUGCUGGCUUGCACUAAGAUACACUGUAAUGAGGUAUUUCAUACACUAGUUUUGCAUUAGAAACUCAGGGGUCAACUAAGUUUACUGUAGUCUCAGACAUGCAGUUGCGUUUUGAGCUAAGGUAAGGACAAGAAACUAUUCCAGGUCGGCAGAUGUCCAAGCACAUUCACUGGGACAAAACAAAUCCAUGUUCAGACUUUUGACUACAGCACUCCUUUGUAAAUCCACACACUUAAAGCUUGACUGUAUUGUAAGUUGAUAUGAGCCAAAUGAACGAAAAUGAUUUCCCCCCCCCCCACAUUUCAUUUUUUUCAUUAGAUUUGUGUUGUAUUCUAGUGAAUAGAUGUAAAUAUGUGAUUGAGAACAAAAUUGUCUGAACGGCUUGGCGAUCAGUUUGUAGCAAAGCGUUUAUUUAAAUUUGAGCUUUUUUUCCAUUUUUUUAUUUUUAUUUUUUACAUUUAUCUGCAUUGUCUUGCCAUAUGUCAUAAAUUGGUACAUUUUUGCCAAGUACAAAUAACCAAAAGUACUUAAUGCAAAAUGCUGUCAUUUCUCAUAUUGGGAAGACCUUUUAUUGUUGUUCUGUGUUACUUACUUUCAGUAUUAAAUUCUUUUUCAGAGUUGACUUAAGACAUUUUGCCAGUCACAUGGUUUCAUUUUGUUUAUUGGGAGGUUUCUAAAUACAGUCGCUUUAUGACAUUUUGCUUAAUGUUUUUCAUACUACACCUUUAAUAAACAGAUUUCACAGGAAAACUAUUAACGCAAUGUGGUCGUGGAGUGCAAGGAAUGAGUUAUUCUUCCUAUUAAUAAAGACAUAAUUUCAAGAUGCA